UUGGGAUUGGCGGUCAAAUGGCGGAUCUCCUGGCUUCCAUCGCUUCCUCCAAGUCACCGCCUCCGGCGCCCACGACUGCCCAUGCAGAGAAGCUCGGCCUUACAGCCUCCCAAGUGACGCACUUUCUCUCGGAGGCGACGGCGUAUGCCGCAGGACACGGCAUGCUGGUGCAAGCCCCCGAGUUUCGAUAUGCCCACCUGCCGUACUGCCUCCUUCCCGUGCCCUUUCCUCGCGAGCAAUUUGAACUGGGCAUCGCCCUUUCCCCGCUAUUUGCGUUGCUGGUCGACCGAGUCGCAUCGGACCCCGAUUGGUUGCACGAGCAACUCCACAGUGUGUUGGCAGAAGAUGCAUUCACCCGUCGACUUGUCGCGCUGUCCAAAGCCGUUCAGAAGGAGGGGGUUGUGCAAACUGCUACUCUUGGGAUUCACCGAUCCGACUACAUGCUGCACGAUGACCCCACGAAUGCAACUCCCGCACAGAUCCUGCAAGUCGAACUCAACACGAUUUCUGCAUCUUUUGCGUGCAUGAGUUCCUUGGCGUCCAACUUGCACCGUUUCCUUCUGGAGCGAUACAAAGACGAGAUCCCGUCGGGGUAUUACGGCUGUGUGGGAGACCUUUCCAUCCAUUUGCCCCAAAACCCGGCCUUGCAUGCGCUUCCAGCCGCGCUCGCUCGCGCGCACGCGCACUAUGGAAACCCAUCGGCUGUGAUCGUGUUCGUGGUGCAGCCAAGUGAAUCCAACUCUGUCGACCAGCGCUGGCUCGAGUACACCCUGUGGGAAUCGCACAGGAUCAAGGUCCUUCGCAGGUCCCUCCAUCAAUUGGCGAAGUCGGAACUGCGCGGAGUGUCGCGCCAACUGUGGAUCGAUGGGGUGGAAGUGGCCGUCGCAUACUUUCGCGCAGGAUACACGCCGACCGACUACCCAAGUGAGACAGAGUGGACCGGCCGCACCGUCGUUGAACGGUCGCAUGCGAUCAAGUGCCCCAACAUAACGUACCACUUGGCUGGGACGAAGAAGGUCCAGCAAGUGCUUGCGUCGCCGUCGCAGCUCCGACGAUUCUUGAGCGAAGACGAGAGUGUGACGGUUGAAAAGUCUUUUGCAGGAUUGUACGGCCUCGAGCAGGCGUCGCCAGACCUUCCCCGGAUCAAGGCCCUAGUCGCUGCCAAUCCUCAGGGAUUUGUGCUAAAGCCACAGCGAGAAGGCGGUGGCAACAAUCUCUACGGCGACGACGUCGUGCACGCGUUUGCAACGCUGACCCCUGCUGAGCUCGAAUCGUACAUCUUGAUGGAGCGAAUUUUGCCCCAAGAGCAACCAGCGGUGCUCGUGCGAAAUGGAACGCCUGUCAGUGGCGACACAAUCAGUGAAUUGGGCAUGUUCAGUGUCGCGCUGUUUGACCAAGGCAAAGCCAUCCUGAACGAGCACGCCGGCCAUUUGCUCCGCACAAAGCUCUCGACCACCAACGAAGGCGGCGUGGCGGCCGGCUUUGCAGUCCUCAGCAGUCCCUUUCUCAUCUAAAUCCACCCAAAGACGUUUUUUCACGCAUCACACGAAACCCCGAAACCCCUGAGAGGGGAUUUGCAUCUACGACUACGACAGUACUACGACAGUACUACGCACAGUACAGUGCGCGCCAGGAGGUUAAAACC